AUGGCCGCUGAGCAAAGAAAGCUGCUGGAGCAGCUCAUGGGCGAGCAAUUGCUCGCUGGUCCUGGCGCAUCGCGCGCUCCUCAAUUAUCCAUCACAGACACAAAGGUGUGCCGCUCCUACCUUGUCGGCACCUGUCCUCACGACCUGUUUACCAACACCAAACAAGAUCUCGGUCUGUGUCCAAAGACACAUAGCGAAGCCCUGAAGUCCGAGUACGAAAACGCAGACGACCAACAAAAGCGCAAAUGGGGCUUCGAGUUCGACUACAUGCGCGACAUGCAAAAAUACAUCGACGACUGCAAUCGCCGCAUCGAUAGUGCACAGCGUCGCUUGGAAAAGACUCCCGAUGAGAUACGCCAAACAAACGCCCUCUUGAAGCAGAUUGGCGAAUUGUCGCGGAACAUCGAGGAUGGCCUGGUCGAAGUCCAGAUCCUGGGCGAAUUGGGCAGUGUCAAUACCGCCGUCACAGAAUACUUCCGUAUCAGACAACAAAAACAACUGAAGGAGGAUCGCGAACGUGAGCUCAAGGCUCUAUCCGACACAUCAGGUCCCUCGGGUCACCAGAAGCUCCAAGUCUGCGACGUGUGUGGCGCAUACCUCAGUAGACUGGACAACGAUCGCAGAUUGGCGGAUCACUUCUUCGGAAAGAUGCAUCUCGGUUAUGCCCAGAUGCGCAAGACGUACCAGCAACUACAGAAGGAUCUCCAAGGUCGUCAACCGCCCAUCCGCGACGAGCCUUCUGGUCCUAGAGGAGGUUACGACGACAGAGACUAUGGUGGCCGUAGCGGUGGUUACGGCAGCAGACGAGGAGGAGGAGGUGGCGGUGGCUUUGGAAGAAGAGGAGGUGGCAGAUGGUGA